UUUCUGCAUGACCCUAAGCAUGAUGGGAUGUUAAUUGCUUAAGUAACUCAUGAACCACACCUGUGUGGAAACACCUGCUUUUAAUAAUUUAUAUAUCCUCAUUUACUCAAGUGUUUCCUUUAUUUUGGCAGUUACCUUUAUUUCCCGUCCUACUUGUAUGAUUAGAAAAAAGGAGUGUCUCAGUGCCACACAUACUGCAUUAUAUCGCUCAUUCAGCUACAAUAAAGAACACCUUUGUUCCGACGACUCCUCAAAGUACCAAGUAACGAGAGAUGGCGCUUUGGUUUUGGCCAGUAGCAUACGGACCGGGCUUACCUGUUAAUAUGGACCAGUGCGACUGCAAACCGGACAGCGAUUGUACCUCAAUUUACUGUGGAGAUGAUAGCACUGGUCUGUGGUUGGACUUCAACAGUGUUUUGACAGGAGCUCUCACUGUGGUGGGCUAUCUCCUCUACAGAUUCUCACAGGCCCUCCCAGCUCUGAUAAGAUGGCCCAUCCAUCUCUUCUGCACACUCACUGGUGUGUCCUCACUGUGGGGUUGGGUGAGCCACCUGAUGGGAACUCUUCGUAGCUUACAGUACUUACUGAAGUGGCUGUCACGUAUUUGGAGGUUUAUAGUUGCUUCAUUCACAAAACUCAGCGGGUUCACUGUUAUCAUUCAAAACAACUCUGGGGCUUCUAGUGACAGUCCCCCAGGCACAGAGCCUUCUCCCAUCCCUAUUUCCAUAGAGCCUGGGCUGAGGCUCAUCCUUACGGGGCCUCCCGGUGGAGGUCGGACCUCCCUUGCAGAUGCCUUGGUUGGCUGCAGCCUCCCUCAGGUUGGGGGGUCCCUGGCGGCUGUGAUGGAGUGUACCAAGAGGAGGGUGGUGGUGGACAGGAGAGAGCUGAUCAUAAUCGACACCCCAGACCUCCUGGGUCCAUCUCUGGGUGACAGUAAGAGAGCCUUGGAGACCCUCCGCAGCCUGCAGCUGGCCAGCCCAGGCCCACAUGCCUUCCUGCUGGUGCUCCAGACCCCUGGCUCUGGAGAUGGGGUGGACCAGGAUGCUGCUAGUGCCACCAGGGCCCUCCUGGAGCUGGUCGGAGAGAGUGCCACAGGCCACAUCCUCAUUGUCCUCACCCAUGCAGACUGUUUGGGUCCGGGCUCCACGCUAGCCCAGCUUCUGGAGGAUGAUGCUGGAGGCCUCAGAACUGCUCUGUAUCUGUGUGGUCAGAGGGCUGAGCUUGUGGACAACAACCCAGACAAGCCGUUGCAGGAGAGGAGGGAGCUGGUGAGGGGGCUGCUGGAGAGGCUGGCAGAGAUGAGGGCACUGAGGGGACACUACACCCACGAGCUGCAGAAAAGGGAGGACCAAGUCAGGGAGGAACUGCUGAUGGACAUGGCCUCUGUGUUGGCACGGAAACUCGGACAGGAGUAUUGAGAGUUGAAGAGUAAUACUUCAUUUUUGGUACAGAUGCAUUUUGUUGACUUAUUUUUGUCAUUCUUGGAUUCUGGGUUUGUUAUUGUCUUUGGGGAAUUGAUCCUCAUGAUGUCACUGUCUCCGCAUGUAUUAUUGUUAAGUAUGUCAGACUUAGCAUGGGCUUGUUGGGUAAAUUUUGUAAAAUCAAUAUGUUCUUACAGUACUGCUGUCAAUUUGCCUUCAUGUACACUACUUGUUUUCUUGCAGACACCCUUGUCUGUCUACGACAUUCCUCCCAUGGUUUCUUUUUUUUUUUUAAGUAUUAAAGUUUCUUCCAAAUUAG